AUGAAGGCCAAGAGCAACGUCAGCAAGUACGUAGGUCUUCAAAAGAAUGUUCGAAAUCGGCCGGAGCUGAUGAGAGAGUUGGUUGAGGCUGGGACCACUGAACUCCCACUGCCUCCCAAUACGCCGCUGGAAGAGAAGAUAAGUUUCCCUGCUCUGGCCACAUUCACGCAGUGCAAGACGAUCAAUUGCAGUCAAGAAAUGAUAGAAGCCUUGGAUCCAGAUGAUAAAGAACAAGAAAAUUCUACUCUGAAGGCAGCUGCGGAGCAAACCCCUCCUCGCAGGAUUUCCGAUGAGAAGCCCAACUACUUAAGUCCAUAUGUGAGCGUCUCGCGCGGUAAAGUCAACUCUCGCUGUGAUCGUGAGAAGCGAAACAGCAUGUAUUUGCCCGGUGAGGAGUAUCCUGUUGCCAAUCGGCGGGCCCUCGAGUCGGUGCUCUACUUUCGCAUACAGCUGGAGAAUGAGAUUCGACGACUGCGAGAUAUCUGCAGCGAGUGGGAAGCCUAUAGCAAGGAGAAUGAGGCGCAUCUGGUUGAGACGGGCGGCAUAGAUAUGAUCAAUGUGGCCAUUGGACAGACAAAUUUGCUCUCUACCAAGAAAUUGAUGCAGUUCAGCGGUCUGAUUGACCGUUGCGAGGCGGGAGCUACGGGCAAGAACCAUCGACCCUACGAUGGCAGCGAGGAGACGAAACCCGUCCAGGCAGAGGAUCUGGAAGGGUGGUGGGACAUGCUGCGACUCCAGAGUGAGAAUGUUGACAAGCGCUUUGAUAACUUGAAGCGAUGGAAACAGAACAAUUGGCAGGACCCCGAUGCAGUUGAGGAAUCGAAAAUACCAGCCAAGCCUGUGGCCAAACCAAAGUCUAAGCUGGGCAACAAUUUAAACGCUAAGCCCAAGGUCAAGGCCAGCAGUAACUUGAUGCAAUUACUCCGCAAGGCCCAUGCUGAAAUGAAAAAGGCUAAGGCGGAUGUGGUAUCAGCGGACGAUGCCCCGCAAACUCCAUCUCGCAGCAGCACUCAGCGUGUGAUCGUAGUACGCGACCGUCGGUCCUUCUCUCCUGCUCGCACCGUCCUGCGCAUGUCUGGACGCCAGUCGAUUCAGAAAAAACCAGGGACCAGCAAGCGUGAAAGUCGUGGAGUUAUUUUCAGUACAAAGAAAAAUGUACGGCACUUCAAAUUCACCUACGAAGAAGGCACUAUUAGCGAUGAUGAGCCCUUUGGCGGCGAUAAGCUAGAGGAUUGCGAGGAGGACAUGUCGAUCGAAGCUUCAGGGGAAACACGUUCCUAUCUGAUCAAUGUGGCACAGUGCUACGAUCAAAAUUCCGAUCAUCCUUAA